CCCAUCCUCGCACUCUCUCUGUCCUCCUCUCCCCUUUCUGUCGCGUCUCUCGCUCUCCUCUUCUCUGCUCAGCAAGCACGGCAGCACGACAGUCGCCUCUCCCCUUGUUCUUGCAGUCAGCAGCAGCACAGCACAGCACCGCACGGCAGCAGCUCGGCAGGAGCCGCCGGAGGAGAAGAGAAAGCUCGCCGCCGACGUGACCAGUCGCCGUCCGUCCGUCCGUGGAGCCCGCGAGCGAGUGCGUAGCCUCUGGAAGGCUCUCAGGCAGACAUAACAGUUUCUUGGGAGUACAAGUAGCAGAGCUGGUGUGUUUGGGAUCCAAUCGCACACGAUGGCCUUCUUCCCAAACAUUGCUGAGGCAAAGCAGGAGAUGCAUUCCUUAUACAGAAAUUAUGCGCAUUUGUUUGACAUAUCAUCGGAGAAUGCUGGUGUAGGCUCCAACAUAGUGCGGCGACAGCCUGCCAUGUUAGAUCGUUCUGUUUUCCUUACUGGAAGCGCGAUUUGGACUAUUGCCCUCCACUACAAAGCUCACAUUUACAGAUGGUUACUGCAAAAGUUUUCUGCCAUCCAGGGUGCACCAAUUGCUUGUGCCAUGAUAUUGCGAUCCUUAUGCCGACGUAGCUCCUUGCCUUUCUUUCUUGGAAUUAGUGUUCUGACAGCCAGGAUCUAUAACUAUGUUACGAUUCCAAAUCAUAUUUAUGCCCCACAACUUUGCGCUCGGCAUGAUGCUAACCUUCAGGGUGAUCUGUUCAUUCAAGAUACUGAAUUGUGCAAUAAGCAAUCCCUUGAUUCAAGUUUCCUUGGCAGCAAGCAUGAUUUUAUCCGUCUAGCGCUUCAGUGUGUUUGCAGCACUGCUAAUUUAAAGGUUUAUACAACACCAAAACAGAUCGGUUUCAAUGGUAAGUGCGUGCAGAAGAAUACCGAGACAGGCUCGUUUUGGAGGAUCUUGCCAACAAAUGAGCAAUGUCUGAUGUAUAUUGGGGCAUUGGUGACACUACAACUGUUUAUGCAAUUGAGCAGAGUGAACAUCACCACUUUGCUCCUGCCAAUGCUAUACCAGACAACAAACUCCCAGGGCAAUGCUGCAGCUGUCAGUAAUAUUGUGAUUCUUUUGGUAAACUCCUUUGGCAUUCUUGGGUCUUCCUUCACAACAAAGCACCACGGUCGGGAGGUCACAUUCACCGUGAGCGCCAUUUUAAUGGUAUUUUGCCAGAUCACAAUCCCAUUGCUCGUGGAAGCGCAAAUCGGGCUCGGGGGUGGAACUCGGAUACUGACGGGCUAUACCACUGCAACAUUCCUGCUCACUUGUGUCGUCUCCUAUGGCCUCAGCUGGUCAUGGGGAUCACUGUUCUGCAGCGUUCCUGGUAUGAAGAUUCAGUCAGCUGGGCAGGUUUUCGGCAUGGGUCUCAGUUUCGUCCUCUGCUUCGUGCAAAUGCAGUACUUCCUGCUGAUGUUGUGCCGGCUGAAGAACGCCGUACUGGCAUACUAUGCAGUGUGGAUUUGGUCUUAGUUUAAGCCAGGAUCAGAAUAGAUGGACUAGAUGGCUAGAUGUCCUGCCCGUUUAACUGCUAGCGUUUGAUGGAUGUAAAUAUGCUCAUUUUCUUUGCCUAUUCUGUACAGUUUUCCCAAGCAGUUUCUAAGACUAUGAGGUAAUAACUAAUGGUAUGCUA